GCUGCCCCGCUCCUUCAGGGAACACCUCCAGGGAUCUACCGAGGAUUGCGCGCCCCUCUGGUCCACCCACCUUCCUCCGCCGACCGGCCCUCCCCCGUCCACACGCCGCCUCCUCCCCUCCCCCUCCCCGCCGCCGCCGCCGCAACUUUUCUCUCGCAUGAUCGCGCUCGCACGGAUUUGCCACUCGGAUGUCGUCUCUUCGGGAACGGAGCUCGGAGCCGCUUUGAACCCGCCGCCCCCCUCUCCCAUCUCGACGCCCUCCAGUGCUAUGACAGGCAAACUCGUGGAGAAGCUGCCAGGGACCAUGAACACUUUGAUGAACCAGUUGCCUGACAAUUUGUACCCGGAGGAGAUCCCCAUUUUCUCCGGCAACGGCGAGGCUCACUACAAUAACCAGAUGGCGGCAGAUAAUGUUAUGGAUAUUGGCUUAGCCAACGACAAGGCCGGCCAGGACUUGUCGUCAUACUCGGGCUCGUUCCAGCCCGCGCCCGGGGGCAGCAAGACGGUGACCUACCUGGGCAAGUUCGCCUUUGACUCGCCGUCCAACUGGUGCCAGGACAACAUCAUCAGCCUAAUGAGCGCGGGGAUCCUGGGGGUGCCGCCGCCGCCCUCGUCCAGCACGCCGGCCUCGACGGGCAGCAUGGUGCAGAGCCAGGGCGAGGUGGAGGGCAUGUACCCGGCGCUGCCGCCCUACUCCGCCUGCAGCGACCUCUACCCGGGCGACCCGGGGCCCUUCCACGACCCGCAGGGCAACGCGGGCCUCUCCUACUCGGCGCAGGAGUACCAAGGGGCCAAGCCGGCCGGCAGCCUGGACAGUAACCUCUUCCCCAUGAUCCCGGACUACGGCCUCUACCACGGGCACCCCAACGACCUGGGCAGCCUCCCCGAGCACAAACCUUUCCAGAACCUGGACCCGAUCCGGGUCAACCCGCCCCCCAUCACGCCCCUGGAGACCAUCAAGGCCUUCAAGGACAAGCAGAUCCACCCGGGCUUCGGCAGCCUGCAGCAGCCGCCGCCCCCGCCGCCGCUCACGCUGAAGCCCAUCCGGCCGCGCAAGUACCCCAACCGGCCCAGCAAGACGCCGCUGCACGAGCGGCCGCACGCCUGCCCGGCCGAGGGCUGCGACCGGCGCUUCUCGCGCUCCGACGAGCUGACGCGGCACCUGCGCAUCCACACGGGCCACAAGCCCUUCCAGUGCCGCAUCUGCAUGCGCAGCUUCAGCCGCAGCGACCACCUCACCACCCACAUCCGCACGCACACGGGCGAGAAGCCCUUCGCCUGCGAGUUCUGCGGGCGCAAGUUUGCGCGCAGCGACGAGCGCAAGAGGCACGCCAAGAUCCACCUCAAGCAGAAGGAGAAGAAGGCCGAGAAGGGCUCCUCCUCCUCCUCCUCCUCCUCCUCCUCGGCGGCCGCGGCCGGGGUCAGCGGCUCGCCCGCCGUGGCCUCGCUGGCCCCCGUGGUCACCACUUGCGCGUGA